AUGUCGAGUUCUGGUUUGCAAAGACGUAGAGGAGGUAAUAAACAAGCCGCCUCGAAAUCAAGAGGAUCAAACUCAUUUGACGGGGAUAGAAGUGCCGUGCAGAGUGACUCCGAUGUCAAAGUGGGCUAUGACGAUCGUGAUAUAAAGGAUCCAAAGGAGGUGAAAAUCCCGUUAUUGACGUUAAUGGAAGAAGUCCUUUUGAUGGGGUUGAAGGAUAAAGAAGGAUACUUGUCCUUUUGGAACGAUAAUAUAUCAUAUGCUUUAAGGGGAUGCAUAUUGUUGGAAUUGGCUUUUAGAAAUAGAAUAACUUUGGUCAAUGACCCAGCCAGGCGUAGAUUCGAGCUAAGUGACAGACUCGUGGAAGUCAUUGACGAUGAGCCAACCGGUGAAGUUUUGUUGGAUGAGGCCCUCAAGAUAAUGAAAAGUGACGAGUCGAACUUGUCAGUAACAAACUGGAUUGAUUUGUUGAGUGGAGAAACAUGGAACUUGAUGAAAAUAAACUAUCAAUUGAAGCAGGUGAGAGAAAGGUUAGCAAAAGGUUUAGUCGAUAAGGGUAUCUUGAGGACUGAGAGAAAGAACUUUUUCUUGUUUGAUAUGGCAACACAUCCAGUGGCCGACAAAUUAUCAAAGGAAUAUAUCAAAAACAGAAUAUUGGCAUUGCUCAUACUGAGGAACGUUGAUCUCGACACAGUUGCCAAUGACCAAUUUCCUAAAGAUACCUCACUCAGAUAUUUGAGGUCCAUAUCUUUGGUUUGUGGAGCGUAUGCCGCCAAUGUUUUGGAAAAUGUUUUGUUAUCGUUGAGUUAUGACAAAAGAGACCAAGCCUUUGCAAGAGCAGAUGAACUUUUGGCUGACUUUAGUGAGUUCCCUUUCAAUUUGUCACAUCAAAGCCCAUUAGGACUAGGGCUAAACUUAGGACAAGAAGUCAGCGCUGAGAUUUCAGAGUCUUCAGCCAGUGAAUUACAAUUAGAAUUAGUGGCUGCGGUUUUAAGUGUUUUCGCAAGAAUGGAUUCAAUCCUUUAA